AUUGACAGCAUCCAACGCUGCUAGUGUCUACGGUUCUUCCCUCCUGAGUCGCCCCUGUUAGAUCAGGUAGACACUCAUUUGUGGCCUCCAUACCCAUGUUCUCGUGCUCAUGUUCUCCCAGAACAUCUGCGGUCUGUGUGCACGCGGUAUUCACCCGCAUGCCGACUAUGUUUCGAUAAUCUUCAAUCAUUAUCCCACGAAUCAAUGUGCCGCAUAUGUACAAAAGACGUCUCUUAUACAACGUUGCGCCUGUGAAGCACAAUUUUGCGAGCAUAUUGCUAUCGAUAACUCGUAUCGUUUUUUGGAUCCAUGGACUGUUUUGGACCAUUUCAAUGAUACCAUCAAUGGUCCAUACGCGCGCAGCUUCGUGUUAUUCGAUUAUAACGCUAAGUUCUCUUCCGGCGACACGGACCCGAUACCAAUCACUCUGGCGCCUAUCUUCUCCCCUUUCAUCAGUUCCCAUACAUUCAGCCCUUCCGGUGCUAGGGGAACAUCGCUCUCGUUUCCACUUCCUUCCCUUUUAUCGAUAGUCACCCAUCUAGUCUUCAAUUGGAUACCAUACAGGCCGAAGCUUAUAACUGUGACGCCUAUUCUAGCCAACGUCAGGAGAGCUCCCACUCGCAUCAGCUAGACAGCGACGGGACAAAUGAGCGUUUCUAUUACCAUGAUCAUUCGGAUGUGACGUACGGGGCUAUACCUGAUGCCUGGCCGGGCCCGUACGCUUAGUCCACGACUAC